GCGUCACUGCCGGAGAAAGCCGAACUUCCACGAGCAGCCGAUUGCCAGUGUGGUAUGUAAACAAGGUCAGACUGCAGCACACAGACCAGACUUCUUCACGAACAGACCACUGGUGCUUUUAGCCAGAAGAGACUGAACAAAAUCUCUUCAAACUUAAGGACACGGGCACAGACAGCAGCCAAGAUGAUGCAGUGUUUUCACUUCAUAGUUGAGCCGGCCAAAAACCUGACAGCCAAGAUUAAGGAGUCAAACAAGAGAGGAAAGAAAGAGAAGAAGGAGCUGCUGGAUGAGGAUCAGCUGUUUAUCGUGGAGCUGGCUAAAGACCUCAGCCGAGUCUGCCAGAGAUCAGAAGUCCUUGAACACAUCUGGAAUCAAGAUGACACUUGGCCGUCUCCUCUCUGCCGUGUUUUCAUCCUGCAGUGGGCAUCCAUGCUGGAGAACAAGAAGAAACUGAUGCAGAGUGAUGGCUGGCCAGAGAUGGAUGAGGGCAAGCAGCCUGAUCUGAUUAACGGACAGGACCUGGAGCAGGCCAAAGCUGUCAUCGUUAACUGGAUCAAAGACCUGAGGGCUCAGCCUGAGCAAAGCGUGUGGCCCGGAGAACCAGUGGCCAAAAUCCUGGAGGACCUGCAGUCAGCCUGGCGCUGGGGGCGCACGCCCAAUCUGCUGGCUGCUAUGGAGUUUGUUCUGUGGACUUUAGUGUCACAGCGACCUAAUAAGGACACCAUCCCACAGCAGUGGCUUUUGUGGAAGCAAAGAACCCAGAAGAUUGGUGCCAUAUCCUACAUUCCCCAGCCAGUGUGGGACUGGAUUGGAGAUGCUGCAGUGGAGGUAACUCUGGAUCUGGACACAGCCAACCCUGAUCUGCUCAUCUCUGCUGAUGAGAAGAAGAUGCGCUGUGGCUUUGAGCGAAAUGAUGUUCCCAACUUCCACCAGCGUUUUGAUGGGUGGUGGUGCGCCGUUGGCAUGGAUGGCCUGGCCUCCGGCCGCCACUACUGGGAGGCAGAGGUUGGUGAGCGUGACUGGCGGCUGGGCGUGGCCAAAGAGUCAGCGCUGAGGAAGGGCUUCAAGUCCCUGAACACUGACACAGGCUACAUGACCCUGCGUCUGGAGAGGGGCACUGAGUUUAAGGCCCUUACGGUGCCCUUCACUACCUUGCCACCUGGCCUGAUCCCCCGUAAGGUGGGCAUCUACCUCGACUAUGACAACGGCCAGCUGUCCUUCUAUGACGUGGACAAACACUUGCACAUUUACACCUACAAUGAGACCUUCACCGAGAGGCUCUUCCCAUUGUUUGGUACAGUGGAGAUCAUUAGGGAUCUGGUGAUCCGGUCUCCAGCACCUAAGACCCACUGUCUCUGCCCUACAUCCUGCCUGUGGGUCUAGGUUUUCCCCAGUCAGGAUUUCCCAUAUGAGCCAGUAAACAUUUCAAUAGAGUUUAGAGAAACCAGAAUAGAAGGGCAAUCCUAAUAUAAAUGACCAUCCAUGUGACCACUCUGUAUACUGCUUGUGCUUAAAUGUGAUUGCUGCUACUAUUUUCUCAAUAUAGAGUUAGAGCACCAUCCUCUGGUCUUUAGUGUUUCCAAAUAUUUAAGCAGAAACCUCAAUUUUAAAUCUUCUGUAUUGUGCAAUACUAAUAUAACAAAAAUGCACUUCUGUGAAUAAAGAAUAAACCAAAUGCA